AUGGGACCGUCCAUAACCAAGAGUGACUGGCUGGGUACUUCCAUAGAUAGGAACCUUCUGGAUGCUCUAAUACUGAACUCUACCCGGAUUGGCCAUGGAUUUGCUUUAACCAAAUACCCAGCAGUCUGGGCUGGCUCCUGGAAAAAGAAUAUUCCCACUGAAGCCUGUCCCAUCUCCAACCAGGUUCUGAAACUGGUGUCUGACUCGCAAAACCACCCUGCUGCUGUCCUGAUGGCCACUGGGUACACCAUGGUGAUCAGCUCUGAUGACCCAGCCGUCUUUGGUGCAAAAGGCUUACCCUAUGAUUUCUAUAAGGGCUUCAUAGGCAUUGGGGAAAUGGAGGCUGCUCUGAGGACACUCAAACAGCUGGCCGUGAACUCUAUCAAGUUCAGCACCUUGUUGGAUAUUGAUAAAAAGGCUGCCAUGAAAACCUGGGAGGAGAUAGGGGAUAAGUUUGUAGCUAACCUGCCCAGGUGGCCAAAGUGA